UGCCGCCCUUCUUCAGGCCCGAAAGGAAAUGGCAAAGCUCACGGUUUGCGGAAGAUCGCCGAGAAGGCGGAGCGGAGUGGGCAGGGCGGUAGCAGCUCUGGGCUGCCCAGCUGUCAGUUGGGAGUCGCAGGGGAGAAAAGCCUGCAAGAAAGUAGCGCUAGUGAAGAAGAGACCCAGGAUGAGAAGAUUGCUCCAUUGAGCGAGUCAGUGACUGAUGACUUCCAGGUUGACAGUAGUUCAUCAACUGGUGAACUUGUAUCAGGACUAAGUUCGCAGCAUGACAUUUCUAGUUCCCUUCUGAGCUAUUCAAUCACAGAUUCUUAUACAGAAUGCAAGAGUUUUGAAGAGAAUGCAAGUAGCUUCCCAUCACCUGAACUCUUCAGAGGACCAGAUUAUGUAGAUUGGGAGUGUCCCAAGUUGGAAGAAUACAUGCAGUGCAAGAAUUCCACUCUUCUGGAUACCAGUAAAGCAAUAGCGAUAGAGAAGGCACCGCAGUUUUCAAACCUUUCUUCAAUUUUAGCUACCUCUUCAGAAGACUAUCAGAAAUGCCAUAGAAAAAUAAUGAUAACAUUAGCAGAUGAAAAUAUUUUUCCAAAACUAAAGAGUGCUUCAGAAUCAGAUAACGCAGCUUGUGAAGUACUUGCUGAGAAAACUUACCCUUUAACCCCUGAAAAAACAAAGAAAAAAAACACAAAUCCCACUACUCCUGAUAAUAGAAGAGGCCUGUUAACAAGUACUCCAACUUCGCAGACAGCUGGUUUAGAGAUUGAUCUAUCCUCAGUACAAAAAGCAUCUUUGGAGGAACUAUUUCCAAAUGUCAGCAACUGUGUUAAUUCAGAUGAAAUUGUUCCUGUGUCAAGUUUGCAAGAACAUUCUUCAAGUGAGGUUCCUUUAAAUACAUCAGAAAUAUGUUGUAUAAUUAGAGCAUCACCAGGAACUAGACAAGUGAAAAGUAAAGGUGUUAUUGUAAAGAAGAAGAAAUACUCUCUUCCUAAAGAUAUUCCUCAAGGUACUCUCUUCCGAGGGACAACUUCCCGGUAUCAGGGUUCGAGUCGCAAACUGGAGGAGAGCUGCCGAGGCGACCUCGGGGGCAGUCAUGGCGUUGGCGGGUGUCACGGCAGGGUCCUCCAUCCAUGGGCCAGCGCCGCGCUGUCAAGCUCUGAGUCCACGCUUCCCACGACCCGGCGCGGGCGCACCUGUGGCCGCCGGCUCAAAGUCCAGCCUCCGCCGCGGUCCCGCGGGUACUGCUCCGCGGGCCACGGACUCCGCCAGGCGCCGGAUGGAGGUGCGAAGCCGCGGAGCCUGAGAUGA